CACCAAGUACCUAGGAGGAAGCUUGUAAUGUCAUAUUUUAAGUAAAUGUCUUUGUCUAUGUGGUCUCAUUCCUCCUUCCUGGAAAAUUCCUGCCAAGGUAACCUGAAAUUUUCUAUUACUUAUCGAAGAUAAGUUUUAAGAUCUUCUUUCUCUGUAUUUUUCAAGUCAAUCCUCUCUCUAUUGAAACAUAAUUUUUUUUUUCAAGAAGUUCAAAGUUUUUCCCCUUUCGACUAGAGUAUGAUUGAUUAGUCUUCCCCUUUGAAUUUUCACUGUCCCUCAGUUUGCAAAAUACAUGCAUGCUUGUAAGCUGAGCAAUGAAUGAACGAGAGAAAGGUAAGAAAUUGAUGCAUAGUGCAUCAUCAGUGUGCAUUUCAGUUAACUCUCCAAGCUCCAGUAACCGUGAGUUCCAUGAUGGCCAUGACAAAGAUCCCAGAGGAUGGGCAAGGAGAAUUUUUUCUUCACUGUAUCAAUUCAUUCCAGGGAUCAUGCAUCCUCAUGCUAAAAGUGUUCAAAGGUGGAACAAAAUUUUUAUUUUCUCGUGUUUAUUUACUGGUAUAUUAGACACACUGUUCCUCUUUCUGCUAUACUCAAAGAAGGAUAACAUGUGCAUAGCAGUUAACCUGACCAUGACACAAGUACUUAUCGUUCUUCGGAGCCAAGCUAAUAUCAUUUACAUGUUUCACAUGCUUCUUCAGUUUAGAUUGGCUUAUUUUGCUCGUAAAUCUAGAAUAUUGGUUCAACAUCCGAAAAAAAUAGCUCUCAAUUACCUUUAUGGAUACUUUCUUGUUGAUUUCUUUGUUGUCUUACCCUUGUCUCAAGUGAUUAUGUGGUUGGUUCUCCAAAAGUAUAAGGGUUCUUCUGGAGCAAAAGACGCAGUUAUUUUUUUGCAAGUAGGAAUCAAUUUUCAGUAUCUGGCCAUGUUUUUCAGAAUUCUACUUAUGGUUGUUGGCCAGUCCACAAGCAGCGUCCUAUUUGAGUCUUGGUUAGCCAAGUUUGUUUUAAAUAUACUCGGGUUUGUUCUCUUUAGUCACGUAAUUGGGUCAUGCUGGUAUCUCUUUGCAUUACAGAGGGUAACACAAUGUCUUAGAAAUGCUUGUGGUGAGCUCUGGUGCUUCCCUUAUAUAUAUUGUGGGGACGGAAACACAAAAGGGAGAUUAGAAGAUGAUCCAACAUCAUGGGAAAAGUGGAAGGACAACAAAAAGGCUUCUGCUUGUUUUGGACCUUUUGGUCCAGGUGAAUCCCACUAUGGAAUCUACGUGCAAGCUGUCAGUCUUACGACAAAAUCUAAUUUACCUAUAAGAUACAUAUAUUCACUAUUUUGGGGGUUCCAGCAAAUUAGUACUAUGGCUGGAAAUCAAAUUCCAGCUUUCGUUGUGGGGGAAGUUCUUUUCACUAUGUCUAUCACCGCUACAGGUCUUGUUCUCUUCUCUCUUCUUGUAGGAAAUAUGCAGAACUUUCUCCAAGCUGUGGGACGCAAGAGUUUAGAAAUGUCUGUAAGGCGUUUGGAUAUUGAGCAAUGGAUGAGCCACAGGAAGGUGCCUGAGGAACUUAGAAAGAAAGCCCGUGAAUCAGAAAGGUAUAAUUGGUCUGCCACCAGAGGCCUGAAUGAAUCAACGCUAUUGGAAAACCUACCUGAAGACCUUCAAAGAGAUAUACGUCGACAUGUCUACAAUUUUGUGGAAAGAUUUCCAAUCUUUGGUCUGAUGGAUGACUCCAUCCUGGAUGCCAUCAGGGAAAGACUGAAACAUAAAACAUAUAUUAAAGGAAGCAAAAUUUUUGUUCGCGGAGGUCUAAUUGAUAAGAUGAUUUACAUUGUUCAAGGAAAGGUUGAGAGCAUUGGAGAAGACAACAAUAGUGUACUUCUGUCUGAAGGGGAUGUAUGCGGCAAGGAACUUAUUACCCUGUGCCUCGAGCAUUUUGCCAGAGACAGAAUCGGGAAAAAAAUUAAGAUUCCAGCAGACAAAUUGCUAAGCAAUAGAAUGGUAAGAUGCUUAACUAAUGUAGAAGCAUAUGCAAUCCGAGCUGCAGACCUGGAGGAAGUCGCCAGUCUUUACUCUGGGCUUCAAACUAGAGAUCCUACUCUUCAAGGUGUCACUAGGAAGGAAUCAGCUUACACGCAGGGUCGUGGAGCAAAUCGUAUUAAACUUGCGUGGAGAUGUAGGAAAAAGCAGCCCUAAACUGUAUCAAUAUAUUCCAGAGGUCAUUCGUCCUCGCGCUAAUAAUGUGCACAAGUGGAACAAAAUCUCAUCUUCUCAUGUAUAUUUACAGGUUUAUUAGCCUCUUUGUUUCUCUUUCAGCUGUAAAAUGAUCCAGAGAAUAAAUGCAUAGUAGCUAAUCAGACGAUGACAAAAGUAUUUAUUUUUAUGCAAAGCCAGAUGAAUUUUGUUUA